ACAUAAUAGUAGACAACACAGCUGCUCUCCAAUAGGAAAGAAGUACCUUCACUUACUUCUACUGAAUCUGCAAAAGGAGAAAGCAUGAAGCCCAAAUCUCUUCCAUCCCGACUGUUUGACAGGGAUUCAGCAGCAUUGUCAGGUGAAAGGACGAAAAGCUGUGCAGCGAAGUAUCAAAGGCAUGUUGACUCUGUUGAUCAGCCUUCCUCCAAUGAUGGCACAAUAAAUGAAAAAGCCAAAAGAGACCUGAACUUUACCUUUCUACAAGAGAGAUACGAGCCAUUGAGGGAUGAUGAGGCAAAAGAAGACAAGAAAAGGAAGAAGAAAGAAAACUACAAGAAAGUAAAAAAGAAUGUGGGAAAGGCACUCCGAACCACCUGGAAAUGUCUGAUGCUUGGUCUGUACAACUUUGCCCUCGCCUACUCCACUCCCAUCACAGUGGCAGCGACUUUUGUCCCAGACUUUCACCCCAGCAGAGACAGGACAUGAGCUUCCAGCAAGGAUCCAGCCGGUGGUGUUGCUCGUGAAAAGGUGUAACCAUGAAACAUCGUCCAAAGACUCCCUGAAUUUUUUAAAUGCCCUAUAUUUGAAGAAAUACAACUGUUUUCUGUCUGUUGCAUAAAAUCCUAGCCUGGAAACCAAGAGAGAUUUAUGUUGUAAGUCAGUCUGGCUGGCCAGGCCAAAAAGAUCCACCAACUUAGACUUGAUAAACUUGAGUUGUUCUCAAAAAGACAGAUAUAAGGUAUUUAGAAAAGUCCUUUUUUUUUAAAAUUAUUUUGUGGUAGGAUGUACACAUUAGUUAUAGCAUACAGCUUAUAGAAUAAAAUACAUAACAUAUAAGACUUUUUUUCAUUUGAAAACAGUGAGUUUUCGUAAUCAGAUCAUUCUCCUUACCAUUUUAUUUUAUUUUUUUUAUGAUUGGGAACAAAUAUAUUUAUCAAUAGAAAAGAUUCAACAAGAAAGUCAUUACUAUGGAACUGUAAUUAAAAUUAAUUCGGCUUAUUAAGAAGAAGGUCAAAAUGACACUCUUUUAGAAGUCUCAUCUGCCUCCAUACAUUUGACAAAACAUUUAUGAAAAUGAGCAUGAUUUACUUUUUGGGGCAAUUUAAGACACAUUAUCACCUUUUUAUCAUUUUUUCUAAAAUUUUUGCUCUUGAAUGCCAUUAAUACACAUUUAACACAGUUUUUUGAGGCUAGUUUGUGAAGUGUAGUUACAUGCUGGUUUUAAAAUUAAAGACAAGAUGUUUGCUUUAGAAAAGUGGAUGAAGAGCACUAGAAAAGACAGUAGGGUCUGUUUUUGUAGGUCUAGAGAAAUCGACAUGAAGGAGCUGGAGAAGGUCAGGUCUGGCAAAGAGAUUUGGGUCAUUAAUGCAAGAUUUCUUCAUGACAGUGAGGUUAUGAUGACGUGUGAGGUAGAAGUUAUACAUUUUAAGUCAGGACAGGGUUGAAGGGUGAGUUUCUAUGGCCAAUUAAUAAAUAAAGUCAUACAUUUUAUGUUAUACUCUAAGAGUAGUUACUGGUCUAGAGGAUUGAUAGAUGACUAGAGCAAGACAUAAUGUCUGUAACUAAAGGAGACACGAUGAUUGGGAAAGCUGCAAAGAGAAACGUGAUUUAGGGUGAAUUAAUUUAAGAACCUGUAGGCAGCAAACAAGGGAGAAAUAUAUCAGGCAGAUACAGCUCAGCUGAUUGAGGAAAGCAAAAGUGAACAUCUAUUUUUUUAAGGUACACUGCACUAUAAAUAGUCUUUUUUUAUAGUACAUUUUAAAGACCUUGUUAGUGUUUGCUUUUUUUAUCGGUUAAAUAGAUUUGGAGACUCAAAUUAGGUUUUUGAGUACUAGUACAAUAUUUUGAUAAUACAUGUCAUUUAUCUGUAAUCUAAACUUUAUUCCAUGAUUGGAAAUGAAAACUGAGUUUUAAUUAUAUACCGUACUUCUGGUUUUGGUUAAACUUUUUUUCCC